GGGACACGCCGCCUUGCAAUUCGCCUCCCCCAGUUUACCAAAAAAGACAACCAACCACACAACGGUCGGGGCAAAAGCUCAGCCUACUUGGCCCAACGCCACCCCAUCGACGCCAUGACUAAAUCACUGCGCGGGUCUUCACUCCCUCAGGCCCGCUCAUACCAUCACAAUCAUUACCAUUUACACAACCAACGUGCAGCCACUCCCGAGAAUGCUCAUCGCCAACUCGACGACACCGACGCCGACCCCAGCCCGACGACUCCCAGCCCCGACGCCGCCACCUCGUCGAGCGCCGCCGCACCGAGAAUCGUUGUCCAGACCGUCUCCCUCAUUCAAAUAGUCGAUGCCACCGGCUCCCCUAUCCAGGUCCAGACUAUCUUCCCGACUACCGCCACCGUGGAUGCUUCAUCGACCACCAGUGCCGCCCUUGACUUGUCAAUUGCCGCGGUACCAUCUUCAACUUCGUCCACUGAAACAACCUCCUCUUCGUCGUCUUCUAGCACGACGAAUGACUCGGUGCUGUCGACACCGGCGCCCACGACAUCGUCGUCCACCGACUCUUCCACCAGUCAAGAUAUCUCCUUGACGUCCGAUCCUUUAUCGACUCCAGCACCUUCAGAAGCUGCGCCGUCACUCUACCCUACGUUGAGUGGCCAGUCAAACUCAACAAUUUCAUUCCUUACUUCAACAAACUCUUCUUCAUCCUCAGUCUCUACCACAACCAGUUUAUCUAGCCAGCUUUCGUCUGGCACAACAAGCGUUACUGAUUCAAUACUUUCAUCGCUCUCAUCGACGACAUGGGGCUCCAACUCGGGUUCGACUGCAACUUCGACAUGGGCAUCGACGUCGACUUCGGGUUCUAGCAGAUUGAGCACAUCUACCUUUACCACGAGCGCCUCGCAAUCGCCCUCGAGUGACUCGACAGCUUCCGGAGGUGGGACCGCCGGUGGAAUCGGCGGCGGCGGCGGCGGCGGCGCGGCAGGGACGGCAGCGCCCACUUCGACCUCCACCUCGGAUGAUUCUAGCGGCAGUGGCUCGCCAACGCCAACGGGGACCGUCGUCGGAAGCGUCGUUGGAAGCUUGGCUGGAGCGGCUUUCCUUGUGGUGCUGGUAUUCCUCGCCCUUCGGUGGAGAAAGCGUUCCGGUGGACGGUUCCGCCUAAGCGAGGCCAGCGCCGGCAAACGAGGCAUCCUCACCGGUUCUGGUGGCCCACCCGGUGGCAACAGCGGCGGAAUGGUUCAACGGUCGUUAUCAUUUGAUCCCACAACAGCGGCCGCUGGUGCCGGGGCCGGAGCAGGCGCGAUGGCGGCGGCUCACAAGCCUUCCUCAAGGAGGGCUAGCGAGCCUUCCGAAACCGGCGAGAGGGGCUUUGUCCGAGUAGCCGGCAGGAAACUGCCUUCUGUUCUACAAUCCGGAGGCGACGGUUACACAGACCCACGCGAUGGCACCUCAGCCGCCGUGAACGACGACGAAUCAGUCUACUUCCGGGACUCCCAAGCCUUUUUCGACCCCAACGUCCAAACAACACGCCUCGCGCUCGGCUCGCCCAUGAGACCAGUAAGCGGUGUCGUGGUCUUCAAAGAAUCGCCGGCCCGAACGCCAGUUACCGAAUCGGCGCCGUUUCCGCCUCCGGCAGCCUCGCCGCAGUCAAAUCCACCGUUCGUCCCGUUACAGCCCCCCGGUCGGGACCCAAUUGGUCGGACCUUACCUUCGCAGGACGGCUCUCGGGGCUCUCGGGGUUCGGCUUCUAGGUUUCACGAAGACAUGUGAAUUCACCUCCUUUUGUUCACCCUUUUCUUCCCUUCUUCUUUUUCAUUCCCAGCUCGGCCAAUGCCGAGCUCAAGGGCAACGCCGGGACACCAACAACGUACCUUGAAGCGUAUUGUACAUUCUUACCAAUCUUUCAAACGAUAAUUACUAGUACCUAUUUGGGGGUUUGGGUGGUUGGAGGGUGGUUUACAACUG